AUGAUAGGUUUCUUGUUAAAGAAUUCCUAUCUCUCACUCAACAACUCUCGGAAACAGUACAGAAAGUCUCUUGUGCACUAUAUUUCAUGUUUUCCACAUUGUUUUUUGCUCUAUCAGGCCAGUGGUAAACUACUUAUUCUGGACCAACUUCUUCAGAAGUUACAUUAUUCUGGACACCGUGUUCUUCUUUUUGCUCAGAUGACCCAUACACUUGACAUUUUGCAAGAUUUUCUGGAGUUGCGAAAGUAUUCUUAUGAGCGUCUUGAUGGAUCAAUUAGGGCUGAGGAGCGCUUUGCUGCUAUAAGAAGUUUCAGUAGCUCAUCAACUACUUCAGGCUUGACUUCUGAAGCUGAACAAAAUGGAGCGUUUGUGUUUAUGAUCUCAACACGAGCAGGGGGAGUUGGUUUGAAUCUUGUGGCUGCUGAUACUGUUAUAUUCUAUGAGCAAGAUUGGAAUCCUCAGGUGGACAAGCAAGCUUUACAGAGAGCACAUAGAAUUGGCCAGAUGAACCAUGUGUUGUGUAUAUACCUUGUUACAGAGAAGACAGUGGAGGAAGUAAUUAUGAGGAGGGCAGAAAGAAAAUUGCUUCUGAGCAUCAAUGUUACUGGUGAUAACAUUCUCAAACAUGAUGAUGAAGAAACAUCUGAAGUUGGAACUGGAGAUUUGAAAUCCAUCAUAUUUGGUUUACAUAUGUUAGAUCCCACUGAGAUUACUGACGGAAAUCAUAGGGAUAUCAACUUAUCAGAAAUUAGUGUUAUGGCUGACAAGGUGCUUGCCUUGCGUGACAAACAAAUACACGAUAUUGAUGAUAGGAAAUUUGAGGUCAAUCCAAGAAACAUUUUACAAGGUGAUGAUGUUAAGGAAGGAGGUACUACUUUUUCUCACGAUCUUGGUCUUGACGAGGCUUCAUAUCUUUCUUGGGUUAACAAGUUUGAGGAAGUGUCUAAGUCAAGUUGCAACUCAAUGAUGGACUGGAGGAGCAAAAGAAACUCAGAAGAGGAAAAUAAUCUAAAACUUGAGUCUGCAAUGAAGAAGGCAGAGGAAAAGAAGCUAUCCAGGUGGAAAGCUCUUGGAUAUCAAUCAUUGAAUGUAAAAUAUCCUCUCACCCAAACGGACAAUGACAUUACAUCAGCUACUGGGUCCGUUCAUUUUGUGUAUGGAGAUUGUACAGCUCCAUCAAAUGUUUGUUCAUCUGAACCAGCUAUGAUUUUCAGCUGUGUUGACACGUCUGGACAUUGGGGCCACGGUGGAAUGUUUGAUGCACUGUCCAAACUUUCUACAAGCAUUGGUGAUGCAUACGAACGGGCUUCUGAGCAUGGGGAUCUGCAUCUUGGUGAUCUGCAUCUUAUAAGGCUUGAUGAUGGUUGUCAAGAACAAGAUAUGACUGGAAAUACUCCCAAGAUGGUUGCGUUAGCUGUGGUUCAAUCAUAUAAUCCAAGGCGCAAAAUUCCACGCAGUGAAAUCUCACUUCCCCAUUUGGAAAGCUGCUUAUCUAAGGCAGCAUUCUCAGCUGCUCAGAAUUCUGCAUCAAUGCACAUGCCACGAAUUGGUUAUCAAGAUGUAUCUGAUCGUUCUGAGUGGUACACCAUAGAACGACUCCUCAGAAAAUAUGCUUCCAUUUACAACAUCAAUAUAUAUGUAUAUUAUUAUCGAAGAUCAAGUUAAGGCUCUUUCUCACUUCCUAAACUCAAUGUAGUUUCUCACGAGAAGACCGUUGAAGACGUGUUGUUGUAGUAAGGUGUUGUAUGCUCACAUGUGUAUGAUAAAGACAAUUUAGGCAGUUGAAAUGAGUUUAAAUUCUUCCAAAUCAAAUAUGCAAGCAAUUUAGACUAUUACUUCUUCUAGACUCAAAUGUAAGAAAAACAUAUAUGUACUGUGGAUUUAAAUGUAUAUAUAUUUCAAUUUCCUAAAUCCUAGUUAA